AACAACCAUCGGUUCGUUAAACUUUAUGUCGCGCGUUGAUGUUCUAUUUUUUUAACAAUUUCUACGCCGUGCAAUGUCCGAUUCUCCGCGAAGCAUUCUUGCUCGCCUGGAACAGCUGAAACAAUGGCAAGAAGAACAACAGAAAGUUCUUGUGCAGAAACAAAUUGCCCAACGAGAACUUUUGAAUCAGGAGCAAAUGAAAAUGUAUGCGAUUCUAGGGCUUGGCGGCGAGUCAAAAGCACAAAAAGGUAGUCAGCCUGCCGAGGAGUUUAACAGUGAUAGCUCGGAAUGCGAAUACGAAGAAACGAACAUGCAGAGGCAAAUCGCACAAGAGCGGCGGAAUGUUGUUCCAUCUAAAAACAUUGACGAUGAGCAACCAUCGAUAGUUAAGCGAAAAGUUCCGACGAAACCCUUUCUCAAACGGGGUGAAGGACUCAAGACUAGGUUUAAAGUAGAUCCUAAUGCUUUCCGAUUAGAAAAUCUUCCCAAAUACAAAUAUGCUAAUCAUAGUAAAUUCAGGGCACAGAAAGGGAAGAAACCUGAUAAGAGUGCGCCAGAGGUUGAAAAUAAGCAAAAAUUACAAGAAAGUGAUAGAAAUGCUAAGGAAAGGCGAUGUGAAUCCAAUGUAGCACUGGAUAUUAAUAAAGUUCAAGACAAAAAGUUGAUGGUGUCAAUACCAGAUGCCCUCCCAGUAUCUGCAGAGUAUGUUGAUUCCGAGGAGGAAACCAGGAAUACAACGUUUGGCGAAGAGAGUUUACUACCAAGCAUAGAAUCUUUAAAGCAAAACCACAUCGAUGUUAGGAAAGAACACAAUGAAUUGCAGAUACAACCGAACCUACCGUGGAAAAGUCAAUUACAUGAUGAUCCGGUAACGUUACGUCAGUUGAAGGAACUCAAAGAUUUAAAUUUGUUCGAGCUGCUCGAGCAGCGAUUAGCUUCCGCAAACGGAAGCCUUGCAUCGGAAGCUAGUGCAAUCAUGAGGCUUUUGGCUGAGAGCAGCAUACGAGAACAGACAAACUCUACCCUUGUUCCACCGAGCUCCGGCAGGGAGUCCCCUCAAGCACUUGUCCGACCGGAAGAUGUGCCUCGCUUCGAAAUUCAGCCUAUUCCCGAUUGCAAGCGAAACAUUCUCAAAGACAGUGAGAGUGAUUUGGAUGAAUCGGAAAGUUCUGAAGAAGAUAAAGGAGUCCACGUGCAUUUCGCGGAUGAGGAAAAUCAGACCGAUCUCGAGUCACAUCUGGAGUCUGUGAAUCAAAGUAGAAUGUCCACACCGAAGGUGGCACGUGAUAGGAGAUCUCUCGAAGCCGAACAAACCGACGAAGAGGAAGCAGUGUUGGAUGAGAUUGAUAACGAGCAAAAAAAGAUUCGCGAUGACAUCCUUGAGAAGAGUGAACUGCUUAAGAGUCGUUUGAAUGAACUAGAGACUGAAAUAGAAAACUUUCGCAAGGAAAAUGCCGAGCUAAUGCGUAUGAAACAAGAUCACGAGCUGGAGAAGAUGAAAUUGGAACAGGACCGGGAGGAAAUGAUGGAGAAGAUGAAUGAUGAACGCAUUAAAAUGGAGGUAUACUUUCAUGAUGAACGAAUGAAGAUUGAGGAUCAACGACAAAAGGCUUUGAAGGAAGCAAUGAAACCGACCAAGAAAGAAAAAGAGGAGAUUUUAAGACUGAAGGAGCAGGUCUCCGAUCUGCAGAAAGAGAUGAAGUCAAAGGAAGCAAAACAUGCCUCUUCAAUGGCACGUUUUCGAUCUCAGAUAAAAAAUCUUGAAAAAGAUCUGAAGGAGACCCAACUUGAAUUGGAUGUGAUGAAAAAGGAUAAUAAAAAACUCGAAACCGAAAAUGCUCGCCUCAAACGACAGAACAAUAACCGGAUGCUGCUGGAGAUAAACAAGAACAUCGCUAAACUGGCUGCCCCUCAGUCAGACCCAUCAAGCGAUUCCCGAAGAAGUUCUCCACCAGAGAGACCACGUAGAGCAAUGGGCUGUACGAAGCUUGAACCGACCGAAGUUGUUGAGAAGAAUAAAGUGGUAAAAGUUAACGUGAUGAAGCAUCCGAGAGCUAGCACUGAUAGUAGAAAAUCUAAACUUACAUACACAUCGAGCAGUGAAGAUGAAUCCCAGUCUGAAUAUGUCCCUAACAGGGAUUCUGAUUCAACGUCGAAUGAAGAGUCCAAUUCGAAUACGGAAAUACGCUCCAAAUCGUCAUAUUUUCGUGGUAAAGUUAAAACAAACAAAACUCAAACCGACACCGAUCAAAUGAAACAGAAAACAAGAGAUUCACAGGCUUCUCAGGAGACGCACAGAAGCCCAGAAACCGCGGAGAUGAUAAAUAGUUUGAAACGCGAAGUUGUGAACGAGGAUGGGAGCAGGGACAUCUGGUAUCCCAAUGGGAACUUGAAGAAAAUCUCCCCUGAUGGACUUGUGAUCAGGAUGUUGUACUUUAACAAAGACAUCAAAGAAACGAACUUAGGUGAAGGAACAACGAAAUAUUAUUACUUCGAGACGAACACUUGGCACACCACCUAUUUGGACGGUUUGGAGAUAUUGGAAUUUCCAGAUGGACAAACCGAGCAUCGGUUUAAGGAUGGCUCAACAGAGGUGCACUUCCCAAAUGGUUCCAUACGGACGACCAAUUCCAACAAUACAGAUAUCGCGGAAGAGUGGAAGUAUGUCGAUGGUUCGACAGUGGUUAUAAAGAAGAAUGAUGACAAAGUCAUCACAUUGCCUAAUGGGCAGGUGGAAAUCCACACAAAGCUCCACAAACGAAGGAUAUAUCCGGAUGGAACGAUCAAGUUUGUAUACCCAGACGGCAGCCAGGAAAGCCGGUACUCGAAUGGACGUGUUCGUCUUAAAGACAAAGAUGGAAAUCUUAUUUCCGAUACGGGUGCCAUGAGUUGACCGGUGCAACCAGAGCCCAAGUAAGUGAUAAGAUGUUUAUUGUGAAUGUUAAUAAAAUGUAUAUUUCCUUGCCAAACGA